AUGACCCUGGAUGCUGCCACUGCCAACUCAUUCCUUGUCCUCUCUGAUGACCUAAGGAGUGUCCAGUGUGGGAAUAUCUGCCACAAUCCAAGGGAAGGUCCUGAGAGAUUCACCUACCUUGCCUGUGUCCUGGGCACCCCCUGCUUCUCCUUUGGCCGCUGUUAUUGGGAGGUAGAAGGGGAAAAGGGGAAGGAGCUGGCGUUAGGUGUCUGCAAGGAGUCUGUGAGCCGGAAGGAGAAAAGCAGUUUAUCCCCUGAGCUUGGCUUCUGGAUCAUCAGCAUGAAGGGAGAUGCAAUCUUCCCAAGCUCCUUCCCACAGACCAGAAUUUCUGCAAGCCCUGUGGGAAUUUUCCUGGAUGUCUGGAUGAAAGAAAUCAAGUUUUUUGAUGUUAGAAAUGAUGCCCUCGUCUAUAGACAUAGUCAUUUCUCCUCUUUGGAGCCUUUGCAUCUGUUCUUCUGUCCUAAGCAGCCUAGAGAAUGUGACAGCAGUGCCCUUUUGAGCCUCUGCCCAUGA